CACGGAACUGGUGGGAUCGCACCAUGGCCUGGGCCCCUCUGCUCCUCGCGGUGCUCGCCCACAGCUCAGGUUUCCUGGUCCAGGCAGCAGUGACUCAGCCGCCCUCGGUGUCAGCAAACCUGGGACAAACCGUCAAGAUCACCUGCUCUGGGAUUGACACCGGCAGUGGUUAUGCUGGCUGGUACCAGCAGAAGGUACCUGGCCAUGCCCCUGUCACCAUGAUUUACUGGAAUAGCAACAGACCCUCGGACAUCCCUUCUCGAUUCUCUGGUUCUGCAUCUGGCUCCACAGCCACGUUAACCAUCGCUGGGGUCCAAGCCGAGGACGAGGCUGUCUAUUUCUGUGGUGGCUAUGAUGUAUCACUGUGUGGUAUAUUCGGGGCCGGGACCAUGCUGACCGUCCUAGGACAGCCCAAGACAAGCCCCUCUGUCUACCUCUUCCCGCCAUCCUCCCAGGAGCUCUCGUCGGAGAGUAAAGCCACCCUGGUGUGCCUGCUGGAAGGCUUCUACCCGGGGGUGGCCCAGGUGACCUGGACAGCUGAUGGCAAGGUCAUCAGCAAAGGCGUGGAGACCGGGCAGCCCCAGCGCCAGAGCAACAACAAGUACAUGGCCAGCAGCUACCUGAUGCUGAAUGCCGGCGAGUGGUCGAGUCACGAAAACUACUCCUGCAAGGUCACGCAUGAGGCUGGCAACGUGGAGAAGAGCCUGAAGAGAUCCGAGUGCAGCCGCUAAGCCUGCCGGAACCUCUCGGCACCCACUGGGCCCUCACCAGCCCCGUUCCUCGUCCCCAUUGCUGGGGGCAAUGUCCACCUCUCUCCCAGCCCCAGCUGUCCUUCCCCACGUUCCCCUGUCUCCUGCUCCUGUCUCCCCACCCUUAGUGUCACACGAAUAAACACCAACACUGAACUA